AGAGGUCUUAAAAUUAAAAAUCAAAUAGCUUAGUGAUUAUUGGUUUGACCUCCUGAAAACAAUUCAUUUGAAAUGGGGGUAGGGACAUUCAAGGAUCCUCCAAAUCGCCGACCCUUCCAAAAUUGUGUUUGGUUUGGGGAGGGGGGAAAUGCGCUCUUUUGCGCUGUCAUUCUGAUCUAAGAAUAUUACUCCUGCUUAUUAUGAAGAAAAAAUACAUCUGUUUAACUUUGUAAAGUAAAGGUGUGUUUAGAAUUAUUUUUGUUGUAUUAAUGCUAUUUAAUCUCUCCUCAGACUAAUAUUAUUCUGUUUGUCCGUGGGGUACCUUUGCCACUGUUCCACCCCUUGUGUAUUGCGCUGUCAUGGUGUAUUUGUGCUCUUGCAUCUGGAUUGGACAAUAAUUACACACGUGCUUUGGUCAGUGGUCUUCAAAUUGGCCCUCCAAGUCCCUCUCCUAAACAUUCGAGUUUCAGACAUUUGUGCGGACUGGGUAAGCCAGCAAGAACUUGAACGGACGUGAGAAGAAAACAUUGGUACAAUGAAGUCUUUAUUCGGGAGUCUCGUCUACUGCCUUUUCCUCUUUGUGUCUGAUGUAUACGGAACGUACCGUUUGAAUGGAUUCGAUCCACAACAGGUUACUGCUCAAAGUUAUGCACAACGUAGAAAUAUUGCCCUUCCACCGCUGCGGACGCUCGCUCCUUCAGUUCACGCCAGUGCCUACAGGCAUAGAGGCUAUCACUACCACCACCAGCCACCAGGGAUCCACCUGCCCGUGGUUUACCAACAACCUGGCCCUCUAUCUCCACUCGUGGCUUACCCCAGACCCUCUGUCCACUUAAGACCUUACCAACACAGAUUCAAAGGGCGAGCGCCACCGGUGGUGUACAACCUAUACCAAGAUCUUUCACCUCCAGUAGUUCACCACCACCUGUUUAAAGUUUUUUUCCCACCAGUGAGCCACCACCACAAAUUCAAAGGUAAAUGUCCACAAAUUUUACCUCUGGUACAGCCUAAACCUACUACAGUGCCAACGACCCCUGUGGUGUACCUACCCACCACAGUUCCAACUCUACCAUCAGUGACUACAUUGCAACCGGUGAUGACCACCUUGCCACUGGAGGUGACCACCACCCCCGUGCCGCCAACACUACCUGUCAGUACCCAAAGCGGCGUCGUCAUCACCACCACCAGUGUGGAGACAGCGACUGACAAUUCGUGCAGGAGCCGUCCCCUGGACCUGGUCUUCAUCAUCGACAGCUCCCGCAGCGUGCGCCCCGGCGAGUUUGAGAAGGUCAAGAUCUUCCUGGCCGACAUGGUCGACACCUUGGACGUGGGACCAGAAGCCACCCGUGUGGCCGUGGUCAACUAUGCCAGCACGGUCAAGAUCGAGUUCCUGCUCAAGGCUCACCUGAACAAGCCCAACAUGAAGCAGGCUAUCACCCGCAUCGAGCCCCUCGCCGCCGGCACCAUGACUGGCCUGGCCAUCAAGUCGGCCAUGACCGAGGCCUUCACCGAAGAGUCAGGCGCCCGGCCAAAGUCGAAGAACAUCGCCAAGGUGGCCAUCAUCGUGACAGACGGGCGUCCUCAGGACCAGGUGGAGGAGGUGUCAGCGGCUGCCCGGGGGUCCGGCAUCGAGAUCUACGCGGUGGGGGUGGACCGAGCCGACAUGACCUCUUUGCGGCUGAUGGCCAGCAACCCUCUGGAAGACCACGUGUUCUACGUGGAGACCUACGGCGUCAUCGAGAAGCUCACCUCCAAAUUCAGGGAGACCCUGUGUGGUUGGGACCCCUGUGACAUGGGACACGACUGUGAGGACAUGUGUGUUAGCAGCAGCAGCAACAACUCCUAUCACUGCGAGUGUCGGGAGGGGUAUCUCUUGAACACGGACAAGAAAACAUGUUCCCAGAGUCAGACACGUGUGGACCCCUGUGCCAUGGGACACGACUGUGAGCACAUAUGUGUCAGCAGCAACGCGUCCCAUCACUGCAAGUGUCGGAAGGGCUAUAUCUUGAACCUGGACCAGAAAACAUGUACUCUGAAACAGAUGAAGGUGGUGGUGGUGGUGGAGGAGCCUUGUAAGUGUGAAGCCAGACUGGCUUUCCAGAUGCAGACACAGGCCGCCCUCCAGGAGAUCACUGCCAGACAUAUCCUUUCUGUUAGUUCACAGUAGGAAAAUAACUGACCGCAACACUCAAUAUAGGCUGAAGACUCAGUGGUAUGCCUCCUUCAAAGUAAUUCAUGGGUUAUCUUGAAUGCCUUUAUGAUUGAUGGGCUGGGUUGCAUGAUCUACCAUGACAUUAUGUGGUUUAGAUUUGUGGAA